AUGACAUCUUCUAUUGGAAAUAUCCCGGUAUUGGAUAUCCGUCUGUUUUAUUCCAACCCACACCAUUUCGUCGAUCAAUUGUGCCAGGCAUGCCAUUGCGUUGGUUUCUUCCUCCUGCGUCACGACUUGCCCCCCGCCUUGGCCGAGCGACAAUUGGACGUCACCAGACAGUUUUUCGAAAAGCCCCUUUCGGAAAAGAUGAAGAUUUCCUACGAAACGAGGGCGUCCUUUCGUGGGUACAUGAAGCUGGGUAUGGAAAAUACGGCAGGACGGACCGACUUGCGGGAACAAGUCGAGUACGCCGUAGAGUAUGACACGAGCAGGUUUCUUAAAGAAGCUGCGUCGUGGCCGGCGUACAAUCGGCUUCGAGCCCAAAAUCCCUGGCCUGACGACGAAACCGAAACAUCCUUUCGACGGACCACAACCGACUUUGCAUCCCACGUCUGUCGAAUUGCUGAAAUUCUGCGGGAAGCGCUGUGUUUGGCACUAGGGAUGGAAGGGAAUGCUCUAGAUUGUUUUUUUGCUGAGCCUCACUGGGCACUUAAAUUGGUUUCGUACCCUCACGUUGCCGAUGAGUCGGGAAAGGAUUCGUUUGGAGUCGGAUCCCACACGGAUACAAACUUUCUCACAAUGGUCCUUCAAGAUGAUGUGGGUGGCUUACAAGUCUUCUCACAAGGGAAUUGGAUUGACGUUACGACGUAGUUUGGAGCAAACGUCUUGGUCUGCAACCUUGGAGAACAAGCCGAAAUAUUGAGCUCGGGAUACUUUCUGGCCACGCCGCACCGGGUACUCUCCAAUACACAGUCACAGAAAGCACGAACAUCAGUGCCUCUCUUCUAUAAUCCUAGUCUCGACGCGGCUAUCACUCCGAUGCAACAUGGUUUGUCAGAGCGACUAUGCUGGACUCGCGGCGAAAGACCUGAAUGGCGAGAUGAAACGCAGCAACUAAAUAAAAUGUUGACGAGUGUUGGAGAGAACACAUUCAAGAGUCUAGCUCGGUCUCACCCGGUAACCUUUGCUCGGCAUCAUGCAGAUCUUGAGCUACUUGACGAUGGGCGCAUCAUCCAACGAUAAAGUGCAGCACAAUGCAAUUAGCGCCCAUAGAGCUAGCCCAAGUUCAGAGACUAUCGAUUCUGGAUCCACGUCAUUGCAAUUAAUUUGCAAAUGUCAAUGUAAACAAGGCAUCCAGUAAAUUCAUCGACUAGACGACAUUUUCGUCAUGUCGACCUCGCAAAUGAGGCUU